AAUGCUUUCAAGAAAAUCUUUUUUAUUCAACUCUUGUCUCUAUAGAUUUUGUUCAUUCCGAGAAGAGUAUGACACAUUUGGACCAAUCAAAGUUAAAAGUGAUCGACUUUGGGGAGCUUAAACUUAAAGAUCAAUCUAAAACUUUGAUAUUUGUAGAGACACUGAUAAGAUGCCUCUCCCAGUUAUCAAAGCUUUUGGAAUACUCAAAAAAUCAGCAGCUAUAGUAAAUAAAAGAUAUGAACUCAAACCUGAAAUUUCUGAUGCCAUAGCUAAAGCUGCUGGUAAAUUUCAUUUUCUAAUAUUUUUUAGAUGAGGUUAUUGCUGGAAAAUUGAAUGAUCACUUCCCCUUAGUUGUUUGGUAAACAGGUUCUGGAACAUAAUCAAAUAUGAAUGCUAAUGAAGUUAUUGCAAACAGAGCCAUCUAAAUCUUAGGUGGAUAAAUUGGUGGUAAAUUAGUACAUCCUAAUGACCAUGUCAAUAUGAGUUAAUCCUCAAAUGACACAUUCCCAACUGCUAUGCAUAUUGCAACUGUCAUUCAAGUAUAAAUUAUUUUAAUAAAACUCUAGACCAAUUAAGUAUUGAUUCCAGGAUUAUAAACACUUUUGGCAAGUCUUGAAAGAAAGUCUUAAGAAUUUGAUAAGAUCAUAAAGAUUGGUAGAACACAUACUUAAGAUGCUACUCCUUUGACUUUAGGAUAAGAAUUCAGUGGAUAUGCCCAAUAAGUAAGAAAUAGCAUUGAAAGAGUCAAAACAGCUCUUCAUUAAGUUUAAUAUUUAGCUUAAGGAGGAACAGCUGUUGGAACUGGAAUCAACACAUAUGUUGGAUUUGCUGAAGCUAUUGCUGAUUAAGUGAGUAAAGAGACAGGAUAUGAAUUCAAGACUGCCCCUAACAAAUUUGAAGCUUUGGCUUCUCAUGAUGCCUUGGUAGAUUUUCAUGGAUCAUUAAAUGCUGUUGCUGUUUCUUUAAUGAAAGUAUUAAAUAAAUAAUAUGAUAGAUUGCUAAUGAUAUUCGUUUCUUAGGAUCAGGACCUAGAAGUGGUUUAGGAGAAUUGAUAUUACCAGAGAAUGAACCAGGAUCAUCAAUCAUGCCUGGAAAGGUUAAUCCUACUUAAUGUGAAGCAAUAACAAUGGUUUGUGCUUAAGUCAUGGGAAAUUAAGUUGCUGUUACUGUAGGUGGUUCAAAUGGGUAAUAAUAUUGAAUAUAAUAUUUAGACAUUUUGAAUUGAAUGUUUUUAAACCAGUAAUUAUUCAUAAUGUUCUCCAUUCAAUUAGAUUAUUAGGUGAUGCUAGUGUAUCAUUUACUAAGAAUUGUGUAGAUGGAAUUCAAGCAAAUACAAAAAAGAUUGAAGAAUUAAUGAAUUAAUCUUUGAUGCUUGUGACUGCUUUAAAUCCAUAUAUUGGAUAUGAGAAGGCUGCUAAAAUUGCUAAACAUGCUCAUAAACAUCAUUAAACAUUAUUAGAGGCUGCUUUAGAACUUAAAUUAUUAAAUGAAGAAUAAUUUAAAUAAUGGGUUAAACCUGAAUCCAUGAUUGGCCCAUAAGAAUAUAAACCUAAAAAAUGAU